AUGCUCACGCGGGUGAAGUCCGCCGUGGCCAAUUUCAUGGGCGGCAUCAUGGCUGGCAGCGCGGGCGCCGACCACGGCAGUGGCGCGGACUUGCCCCUCCGCUUCCCCUACGGGAGACCCGAGUUCCUGGGACUGUCCCCGGACGAGGUGGAGUGCUCCGCCGACCACAUCGCCCGCCCCAUCCUCAUCCUCAGCAAGGACACCCGGCGCCUGCCCUGGACCACGGGCUACGCGGAAGUAAUAAAUGCAGGGAAGAGCACGCACAAUGAAGAUCAAGCCAGCUGUGAAGUCCUCUUUGUCAAGAAAAAAGCUGGAGGCAGUAAUUCUACACCAAACAAGAACUCUUCAGCAAAACGGAGGUCAUCACUGCCCAAUGGAGAAGGUCUCCAGCUAAAAGACAAUUCAGACUCAGACGGGAUCAAUCUGUACUACUGGUCUCUGUUUGAUGGACACGCUGGGUCAGGGGCAGCUGUGGUUGCUUCCAAACUCCUACAGCACCAUAUCCUGGAGCAGCUGCAGGAGAUUGUAGACAUCCUGAGGAACACAGCUGUCCUCCCACCCACCUGCCUAGGAGAGGAGCCUGAUAACCCAGCCACCAACAGUAGGACGCUGACACGGGCGGCCUCCCUGCGUGGUGGUGUGGGGGCCCCAGGCUCACCCAGCACCCCUCCAACACGCUUCUUCACUGAGAAGAAGAUCCCACACGAGUGCCUGGUUAUUGGGGCCAUAGAAAGUGCAUUCAAGGAAAUGGAUUUGCAAAUAGAACGAGAGAGGACCGUGUAUAAUAUUUCUGGUGGCUGCACAGCCCUUGUGGUGGUGUAUUUAUUGGGGAAACUGUAUGUGGCAAACGCUGGUGAUAGCAGGGCUAUAAUAAUCCGAAAUGGUGAUGUCAUUCCAAUGUCUUCAGAAUUCACUCCAGAGACUGAACGCCAGCGACUUCAGUAUCUGGCUUACAUGCAGCCCCACUUGCUGGGAAAUGAAUUCACGCAUUUAGAGUUUCCACGGAGGGUGCAGCGCAAGGAAGUUGGAAAGAGGAUGCUCUACCGUGACUUCAACAUGACUGGCUGGGCAUACAAAACCAUUGAGGAAGAUGACUUGAAGUUUCCCCUUAUAUACGGAGAAGGCAAGAAGGCUCGGGUUAUGGCAACAAUUGGAGUGACCCGAGGACUGGGAGACCAUGACCUGAAAGUACACGACUCCAAUAUAUACAUCAAACCUUUCCUGUCCUCUUCUCCUGAGGUGAGAGUCUAUGACCUCCUGCAGUAUGAGCAUGGGCCAGAUGAUGUUCUCAUCCUAGCUACUGAUGGACUCUGGGAUGUGCUGUUAAAUGAAGAAGUGGCAGAAGCUGUCACUAACUUUCUACCAAACUGUGACCCCGAUGAUCCCCACAGGUACACGCUGGCGGCUCAGGACCUGGUGAUGCGAGCCAGGGGAGUGCUGAAGGACCGGGGCUGGCGAAUAUCCAACGACAGGCUGGGCUCUGGAGACGACAUCUCUGUCUAUGUCAUCCCUUUAAUACAUGGGAACAAACAGUCAUGAAAGUAGCAUCAAGAGUGAUUAUAGGAUGGGGAUCCUUUUGGGAAGGGCCUGUAAGAGACGUUAUGGUUUUGGUGGUCUGACCAAGACACUUCCAAUUGAUGUAAUGCUGGAGGGGUAUUUUUCUGCCCGAAAGGUAGGGCUCUGCACAUAUACUGUAUAUGAUUAAAGGUAACCCUUAAGAUUCCAAUUUCCCUAUAGAAAUGGUUUUGGUGCUUAACAGGAAUGGGAUUUAAAUGCUGCUAGCAUAUUAUGGAUUCUGUCAUCCCUCCAGGUCAGGUGGGGAAUUAAUUUUUUUCUCAGUUUACCAUGUAGCUUGAAAGAGCCAUUUCAGUUGUGAAAGUAGAAGUGGGUAUCAGAAGCCAAGGAGGUUCCUGAAAUCUACCCCCAAAUAUUCAGAAGGUGGCUUGGGUCACAUCUCAUUUAAAUAUAUAUAUAUAUACACAUACAUAUAUGAGACUCAAGAGUUUUCUUCUUUCAAAAAGUUGUAUUCAUGACUUAUCUAUGGACAACUUCAAACUUGUGUAAUCCUUUGAGCCCCCAUUUUCCUCUCCCAUCUCUUCUUCAGUAGAUACCUCCUGUAUUUUAGUAGGAAAACUGAAAUUGUUUUCAGUGUGACUAUGCCUGUUUACUGCAGCUAAAACAGCCACCUGCAAAAUUGUCCAGGAGAAAUAGGUCACAGUCCUGUAUGGCAGAAUUUAUUCUGGUGUGAGGAGUUAUUCAUACAGAUUCCUUGUUGUGUGUAUACCAUGAUUAUACAGAGCAUGCAAACUCAGCUAUAUGUGAUAUUUACCUGGAGGCUGUGGGUUUUUUGGGAUCAGAGAUUUACAUUCAUUGAAUGAUUCUGCCUGCUUUAUCCUGUUGAAAGGAUCCCUGAUCAUAAAGUUUUUGCAUCAGUUGGGAUUUAGUAAAUUUGUUUGGGCUCCUGAGUGUAUUUUUAGUUGGAUUCCUACUUCGAAGUGGUGGUAUUGUUCUCAUUAGCAAUUUGAAUACCCAGGUAGUGAUCUAUUUAAAAGGUGUUCACUUCUUCCUGCCUCACUUAUUAUUCAGUAUACCUUUGCCUGCUUGACUUGGGUGAUCAGAAUGUGACAGCUUAUAACUUUCUGUCCUUUUGGCAUUGAGAACUUUAGUCAAGGAUUACAGUAUGACUGUGAUAGAUUCAAGUCCUUGGCUAGCUUUAGCAGCAUUUUUCUUAGCAGUGAUAAAUCAAUUUAAAUAAAGAAAAUUUGCAUAAAACAUUAUUGAAGUGAAAGCAGUAGUUUGGGAGAGAAACAAGUGAGCAAAUCUGCAGUGUAACCUUGCUGUCUAGUCUUCAAGGAGACAGCUCUCCUACUUCACUGGCAGAAAUUUAAGAAAAAAACAAAACUAGAAGAUUCUAGCGUAUAGGCAGGUAUAUUCGCUGGGGAGCCAACUUUCACCUAAUUUGUCCCCAGAUCACAUUCAUGUGGAGCUGCUCAUCUGGUUUGUACUUCUUUGACAGGAAAAACGGCAGGAGCUGAUGUAAUUGUACGGCACUGACUAGGGAGCUUACAAAUGUGUCCUUUCCGAAGUAGAAAGAGGAUGCUGUGCCCUUUGCAGACUUUCUUCUGAGCAGGUGUGACCCAGAGCUUGCCAGUUUUGUAGUUUAUGAUGUGCUGUGUAAACACGACACAGCAUGAGUGCGAUGUAGCUGCCCAGAUGCUGUAUUUGAUUGCAUCUUGAAGUAUAUCUGCAACAGUUUGGUGGAUUUAAACUACUCUUGCUCUAAAUCUCUAGACCCAGAAGGGGUUUCAGGCGAUGUGGAGUGUGUAAUGGCUCAAACAUGCAGCAAACUGCAUGAUUUUAGCCUGAAAACUGUUCCACAAGUUCCCAGUGCCUGCAUGUGAUAAAGCUGUGCAGAAUACAGACGUUUUAUAUUCUAGAGCUUCAGCAUAAAUCAAUGGCAUAUCUGAUUAUGUAUUGUCAUGCUUUAUCUUUUCUUUCCUUAUUUUUUUUCUCUUUACCUCUUUUUCUGUGUGCAUCUGGGUAAAAAGAGAGGUUUAGAGUCUAGAAUAUUUUUCCCAUGGCCCCUCAUAUGUUUCAAAUUUUAAGCAAGAGAACUUCUCUUGCACUUCUUUUUGGCCUAAUAAACUUGUAAACGUGCUUUUCAUGCUCUAUGUAACUCCUGUUGUCUCUUCGCAAAUGCAGUUGUAUAGUCAUCUAGUAAUUCAGAUCCUCUUUCACAAAGAAACUAGUGCUGGCAAAUCUGGUGAAACUGUCUGAACAGCAAAGAAGCUGGUGCUUGCUGGUACCAGCUACAAGCCUGAGUCAAAUGUUUCAGUGCUCAUGCACUGUUGGUCUUCAUUAUUUGGUAACAUGGUGUCAACACAUAUACCAGUACUUUAUAAAACCACUGAGUACAAUGUGGUGGAAAUAGAUUUCCUGUGUAGCAUUUGCCAAAAUUUAAAAGCAAAACUUCAAGACAACUACUCAUUCAGGAGUGUUUUUUAAAUGUACCCAUGAAGAGAGGGGUUAGCAGAUUGCAUGACUUGGUGGGAAGCAAACUGAUGGGUGACUUCUCAGACCAUGAUCUGGUGAGUCCUGGUGGAUCAGCCUGCACAGUGUUUGUUUUUCAUCUGAGGCACUGCCAUAUGACUGCUCUGCAGUGGCUGGACCCCGGUCGAGUUGUGUUCUCACUGUCAGCCUCUCUCCUGGAAAGGGCAGAAGUACAGUAUUAACAAUUAGUAUCAAUUAACAUCAAUUAAUGAAUUCUGAGAACUUUAAUAAAAGGUUUCAGUAUGUGACUGAAACUAUGCUGUGAUGCUUUUUGUUUUGCUUUUUUACAAAGUAUCUUUUACACAUUUAGGUGCUUUUCUCCCCAGAGUGUCUGGUGCAUCUCUGACCUGCUGCAUUAGUACUCGGGCUUUCACUUCUAUCUGCUUUCUGUAGGAGCUUCUUACAUCCCCUGCACUGGGGUCAGUGCUCUGCUUCAAGGCAUGGUAUAAAUACAUAUACACACCCCAGCCUCACAGAAAUAGCAGGCGGGAGUUAUUUAUUGCGGAGGUAUUGUGCAAGAAGCAAGAAUAAUUAAAAGCAUUUCCAAUUCCCUUUAUAGGCUGAAUUAUUUUGUGAAUCACAGCAUUAGAAACCACUGAUGGCAGGGAGGAUCUGUGGUGCAAAAUACUAUUUUUCAGAUAGGUGAAGAUGGGUGCCACAUUCAGACUUGUAGGUGCUCCAGGGCUCAGUGAAGCUCACGAGUUAGGAGCAGACAGCUCACGUCCUCAGACUGGAGCAAGUUAGGCAUCAAGUCCAAAUUUUAGAUCCUUGGCAUGUCAUUUUAGUUACUGCCUGAACUAAACCAGUGCUGGGUUUUGCCAGACGAGUUCCCUUGGUAUCCAAAACUGUGUAAGCCUUAGCAGCAAGGAAGCUCAGUCCUGAGUUACAUCUGCAUUCGUAUUCUGUUGCACAGUGCUGAGCCUUGCCUGUGCAUAGGCAUUGCUUGGAAAGUUGAGCAAGUUCUUAUCCUUCCUUGGAUAAUGGCAAGGAAAGGCGCUAAUAAUAGAGUUCCGGUUAGCUGAUGGUGCAGUGUAACAGUGUUUUGUGGUCCCACUUCUAGAAGCUCAAAACCAAGAAGCUUCUACCAUUCUCCUAUGAAUACUGUUGAAGAAGAUAGUACAGACAAUUCAGACACUUUCCUCUUGCACUACAGCCUAAAAUUUUGUUUGUUUAAUUUAUUGAAGAAGGUGGUUAGAAAUUUUAUUUAGACUUUAUUAUGUGAGGCACACAACCAUCCUUUGGUAUGUUAAGGCAAUAAUGCUUCCUUCAUGAACACAAAAGUGUAUUGUCUGAGAUGUUCAGUGGCCUCAUGAUGGAAAGAGAGAAUUUUGUUAAAAAAUUCUAAAAAACAACAGGGCUAACAAGCUAAAGGAAGAGUGGUCAGAGUCUGCUGUUAUCAGUGGAUUUCCAUUUAGUUAUUUCCAUGUUAAAAUAUGAUGAGAGGUCUGUGAGGUACUGUUGACUCUGUGCCUCCAGGAUGUUUGGGCAAAUUUUGGCUCUGAGCUUCUGCUAAGUUUUUAAAGAACACUACAUGCUCUGAGCAAAUCUGCUGUAUUUCUUCCAGCCUCAGCGUUUUGCUUUUGUUUUAUGUUUUAUGUCCAAAUACUUUCAACAGUUUUGUAUCAAACAUGAAUGGCAAACUGUGUGGAAUUGUUGUUUGUCCCCAACAUUUUAGGUGUGUAAAUAGUUUUCUUCCAUGUAUCUUAGAUGAAGAUUCAGUGAUGUGGCUACUACAGAGAGAGCGACCAAAUGAUGCUGUAACUGUGCUGCUGUAUUUCUACCUGUGAUGUACUUGAAGGAGGAUGCCCUUGUCCACCUCCAUGCUCAUUUUGCUUUUUUUUUUAAUCAUUACUGUUGGUGUUCUUUCAUAGGUGUCUUAUUUUGAUUUUAUUUCUUUCUAGUAGCUGCCACAUUUUUCUUUCCUUCAUUGGACAAUUCAUCUUAAUAUCUUAAGAUCUGUACAACUGUCUGGGAUUUAUAUGUCCUGAGGAAAGGAGGACCUGCUGCAGGAAGAUGUUUUGGACCAAUGUACUUCUGCUUUGUGACUGUGAAAUGUUCAUCUUUUUGUAACCUAAGAACAAAAAAUGUUUAGUAAAGGGAUAUAUUUUGUGUUUUUUGAAACUUUUCAGUGCAAUGAACAAAAGAGGAGGAUACUGAAGAAGUGUAUGUGCAAAGUUUUAAAAUAAAAUUUUAAAUUAUAUAUUAUAUA